GUUCACAAAGCACAAAUGCUUGGUAUGGCUUACGCAGAGCACACUGCUAUUAAGUGGGCUGCCGACACCUAUAGGCAGCUGGACAAUCCACAAAUAAGCCAGGUUUUGCUCCGAAUGCCGGCAUUAUAUGGUCUCUACUGUCUUGAAAAACAUCUAGCAAGCCUUUAUAUAGGAGGAUAUUGCUAUGGAGAAGAAUUUGGAGAAGGCAUACGCAGCGCAAUUCGCCGACUUGAAGAUGACCUGCUGCCUGAUGCUGUCACACUAGUUGACGCCAUUGCUCCACCAGACUUCGUACUUAACUCCGCACUAGGACUCAGCACCGGAACGCCGUAUGAGGAGCUGGUGAAAGAGUUUCGUUCUCACACUAAUACAAAACCGAAAUGGUGGCAGGAUCUUAGAGAUUUCCUCAAGGAAAAUGCGACAAAGAGCAAACUUUAG